AAACAACAGUCCUAACUUUUGUGUGUUGCAAAUAUAAAAGGCAAGCCAUGUGACAGAGGGACAGAAGAACAAAAGCAUUUGGAAGUAACAGGACCUCUUUCUAGCUCUCAGAAAAGUCUGAGAAGAAAGGAGCCCUCCUUUCUCCCAAGCUGUGCAGCAGAUACUUCCAAGAUGGGUUGCAACUGCAGAGAAUAAGACACAACUGCGGCCUCCAAAGGACCAUGACAACCAGAAAGCUUCAGCCAGAUCCUGCUCUUUCCCUGAGAGGAUCUGGAGCCUAGGUUAAACCAUUUCCGAUAUUUUGUCCUCUGCCUCCCUCUACUGUUCUUCAGGAGAACAACAAUGAGAAACCAUGUACUAGCUGCAUCUUUCUCUAUGCUCUCCCUGCUGGCAAUAAUGGGAGAUACAGACAGCAAAACGGACAGCUCAUUCAUGGUGGACUCAGACCCUCGACGCUGCAUGAGGCACCACUAUGUGGAUUCUAUCAGUCACCCAUUGUACAAGUGUAGCUCAAAGAUGGUGCUCCUGGCCAGAUGUGAAGGGCACUGCAGCCAGGCAUCCCGCUCAGAGCCCCUGGUGUCCUUCAGCACGGUUCUCAAGCAACCUUUUCGUUCCUCCUGUCACUGCUGCCGGCCACAGACCUCCAAGCUGAAGGCCCUGCGACUGCGCUGCUCAGGGGGCAUGCGACUCACGGCCACCUACCGAUACAUCCUGUCCUGUCACUGUGAGGAAUGCAGCUCCUGA